CUGAAGAUACAUUACAGUGUCUGUUCUGGUCGUGACCAUUUAAUUCGACACAACACGUUUAUCCAACCAGACUUAAUCAACUCUCGCCGUCCUCUUCUACUGAGGGCUGUUCAAAGAAACUAAAUCGACGCCCCUUUCUGCCCUGCUUAAGUCUGCGACCAUUGUAAUAUACCAACGAAGGACCCGGUUCCAAGGCAUGAGUGCAUUCGAAGAACUAGGCGCAGGGCUUGGAUCCUUGUCUCUAGGAAAUCUUCAUGGAAGUGCAGGCCCUCAUGAAAACGAAGAUGAUCUUAUGGAUAUUGACAGUUUAGAGUCAUAUGACAUGGCAUUCAGCCCCCAAAUCCAUGAUACCAGAAAUGACGAACUGGCUGGAAGAGGCGUGGACACCGAGGGAGAAAUUCUUGAGGCCGAGGAGGAUUCUGAAUAUGUCGAUGAGGACCUGCUGAUUCUCCAUACCCUUAGCCCGACAGUUUUGGGGGCAAAAUAUGCCCUAAAGCCACGGAGGCUUCUCAUGCCACCCCCACCAAAAAUCGAACGUGAAGCGCCCGGAUACCAAAGUUCCGCUCCGAGUGGCUCGGACGGCCUUGAAUACGACUACGAGUUUGACACAAGUAUGCUGACCAGUGUGGGCAGAAUCGGGGACGCGUCGGGGACGCGCCAACGCCAUGUUGAGGGGUUGAAUGGCUUGGGCCACACUCAUCCAUUCAUGCGUGAUCGGGAGUCUCUGAGGUGUUCUGUGUUAGAGCCCCCAGUGCCAGCACUAGAAAGUUUGACAGGCAGGUCCUUGCAAUACGAGUCUAAGUUGAAUCCAAUCCAAAUUCACCACCAUCACUACUAUCCACAGGAGACAGAUCCACUCGACACGCAGAAUACGCAUAAUACGCAUAAUACGCAGCAGCUACUGUUGCCCAAUGCAGGCAUCUCUUCCCAGAUGCUCCCAUCGCCAUGGGACCCGCGGGCAGUGCCAGCAGAACGCACGCCCUACGUGUUGUCAUCCUAUCUACAGCUACUCAUAAACGUGGUACUUUCGGGGUACGCGGUGCACAUAGUGAUUGCUAUUAUACAAGCAAUCAGGCAGGACGUUGCACACAAAAUCAACCAGGAGGCCAACAAUCUCUUGGUUGAGAUGGCACUGUGCGAGCGGUCUUAUCACGAGAAUUAUUGCUCGCCCGAUACGAUCGUCCCUGCGCUCGAGAAAAUGUGUGCGUAUUGGGAAAAAUGCAUGAAUCAAGAUCCUUUCCAGAUCGGGAACCGAUCUCUGGUGAGCGCACACACGAUAGGAAUGAUUUUGAAUUCCCUAAUUGAGCCCUUGAGCUUUAAGUUUUUGGUCGUGGGUGCAGUCGUGAUCAUGAUGGUCUUUGCUUGUAAUUUCGCCUUCGGUUACAUUCGAGCCAAGACGUACUACGGGUGGACCUCGGCAGCGCGUCGCAUUUAA